CAUGGCCGAGGUGAAGGUGGCCGUGCUGGGCGGGAGCGGGGCCGGCAAGUCGGCGCUGACCGUGCGGUUCCUGACCCGGCGGUUCAUCGGGGAAUACGCGUCCAACGCCGAAUGCAUCUACACUAAACACUUGUGCCUGGAUGGGAGGCAGAUACACCUGGAAAUUUAUGACCCUUGUUCACAGCCACAGCGGGGGAAACUCUCCCUCACAGACGAGCUCCACUGGGCUGAUGGAUUUAUCAUUGUUUAUGACAUCAGUGACAGAGCAUCGUUUGCGUUUGCAAAAGCAUUGCUGUACAGGAUCCGAGAGUCUCACAUAGGAGUUUGUAAAAAAAUGGUCGAGUCAUCUGUAUUUUUGGUUGGUAAUAAACAGGAUUUAUGCCACAUGAGGGAAGUUGGCUGGGAUGAAGGACAGAAGCUGGCAAUGGAUAACAAGUGCCAAUUCUGUGAACUGUCUGCAGCAGAACAUUGUCAGGAAGUUGUGGCGAUGUUCACAAAAGUCCUGAGGAAUAUCACUUCAAAUUUCAAAGUGAAGGAAAAGAGACGACCAAGUGGAUCAAAGUCAAUGGCCAAGUUAAUCAACAAUGUGUUUGGAAAGAGAAGGAAAUCUGUGUAAAAGAUGGUUAGUCUUGAAGUAGGAACAAGCUGAAAUAAUGGAGCAGAGGCAGCUCUUGGGAUUCAGUGAAUUUCCUCCAAAGGUUGGUAUCUGGAGGAGUAAGACAGUAGAAGCCAAAGGUGGGAGAUAGUAUGGUCAAGUGAAUGGUCUAGACCUAGAAGACCUGACCUUCUGUUUCAAGUCCUACUCCAGAUUUACUGUGUUUAGGACUGUGCCACUUAAACCCUAAGCUGCUCCAGAAGAGAGUUUGAUUCUGUAUUUAUUCAACACCGACAUGGUCUUGGGUAGAGCUUCUAGGUGCAACUGAAGUAUAAACAGUUAUCCCACAGAAUCACUUAUUUGGAAAAGAUCAUUGAGUCCAAACAUUAACCUGACACUGCCAAAUCCACCACUAAACCACGUCCUUAAGUGUUCUAUAAUUUCCAAUAAACUCAGCCUUACUGACCAAAGUCUUACUUCAGAAUUCUGAGAAGUAGUUGGGUUUUUUGUGCAAGAACAUUUGCGCUAAAGAAAAGCAAAAUGCUGUAGCUGCAUGUGAUAAUGUAUUUGUAUUUCACUGAAGGAAGGACGGCUUAGAGCCUUGUGUGCCUAAUACCUACUGAAAGUCUUAUGAAUUAAAUGCUUGGUCACCAUCUACAGAAGUUAUUUACCUGCAAAGCUGCCUUGCAGAGGAACCAGAAGUAGGAAAGCAGAUAUAUAAAGCAGUAUUGUCUCCUGUUUUGGUAUCUUUUUUUUUUCCUUCAUGAGUGAUGAAAGAAAGUAGAGAAGGUUGGAAAGUGUGGGAACUGAAAUGUUAGUGAAAUGUUAGUCAGUGAACAUUGGACUGUCUUGGCAAGGUCGUUAUUUAGUGAAAUAAUUUUACAGCCAGGGACAGCAUAAGACCAGGGCUGAUCCCUUUCAUAGCACAGUUUUUGUGAGCUUUAACAAAAUUUCAUUACCCGUAAGGUGGAUGUGGCUGUUCGGUUUUAGAUGGGAACAGAAGCUUGGAAAGCACGUGGACUGGUAAAGAGCACGAGUUUUUUAGGAUGUCUGCCUGGAUUUAAAGGUCAGCCUGCUGGUAAGACCUGUGCUCACACAGAGUGUUUUUCCUAAGGACUGAUGUCUUUACAACUAGUCAUCACUGUGGUAUUGAAAUGCCACUAAGCACUAUGUUAGCUACGCUUUUCAAAUGUGGAUAUUAAACAUCAGAUGGGUCCAAAUGUGUUGUCAGUUGACAUUCAGAGCUCUUACUGUAGUCAACUAAAUAAGGGCUUA